AUAACAAUGCUCUAUUUUCAAACACAACACAUUGUCGCGGCAUAAUUAUUUUUUUAAACAAACACUGAAAUUUAUUUAAAAAUGUCUUUGGUCCUUUCGCGAGUCGAUUAUGUUACAAUUGGCGUAACUUCCCGCGGAACAACUAAAGUUUUGCCUUCUACGGAUUCAAAAUCAACUCAGAAGUUCGUUGUCGGUGAUAAUGACGGCAUUCUUUAUAUUUACGGAAUAAAGAAAGGAGAAUUGCAAUUAGUUUUUAAAUCUUUACCGGGAGCAAAAAUCGAAAAAGUUUCUCUGGGUGGUACUGCUGAGACUCCAAGAGAUAAAAUAUUUAUUGCGUAUGGAAAUUCUGUAAAGGGAUUUACCAGAAAAGGAAAAAUGUUUUUAGAAUUCGAUACAAGUCUCGUAGAUUCGAUAACUGCUAUGUAUGUUUUAGGGUCUGAUUUGGCUGCAUGCUCACGAGAUCUUUAUCAUAGAUAUCAAAAUUGUAAGGAUGCUGAUUCCUAUUUAGUGGGAGAAGUGAUAAAUGAUGUUAUAUUAAUUACAAUUGACAGCUCUUCUGUGUUAGCAAUUCUCGCUUGUAGUGACCGUGCAAUUAGAGUAUUAUCUGGAACAAAAAAACCGACGGUCUUAAGACUUCCAAGUGUCCCAACAGUCCUUGCGUUAUGUAGAGGAGAUAAAAAAGAAUCAAGUGAUCGAAUAUUAAUUGGCACACAAGAUGGAAAAAUAGGACUUUUAAAAAUUCUAACUGACAAAACAUUUCGAAUUACAUGGCUCAUUACUUCAAGUGGUUCAGAAAUAACUUCUUUGGAUACUUAUGAACUCGAUGAUACUCCUGAUAUUUUAAUUGGCAGACAAGAUGGUACUAUUCAAGUUUAUAGUUUUCCACAUGACGAUGAAAUGAAUCCAUCUCUAAGGUACCAAUACAUGGCUGGAGAAAGUAUUAGUUCAAUCGGUGGAGGUGUUAUAGGCAUGAUUGGACACACAGAAAUAUUAGUAACGACAUAUUCUGGUAGAAUUUUCGGAUUAACAACAAGACCGCCAGGAUCUUUAGCAGCAGAUUCUAAUGAAGAAACGUUAAAUCGUUUGAAAGCUGAAAUUCAAGAACUUGAAGCUAAAUUGAUUGAAGAUAAAGAAUUUGAAAAUUAUACAAGUGAUAUUUUAUCUCCAUUAAUUUUGUCUGUAAAUUACAGAAUGAUACAAGACCGAGAAAGUGCGUCGUAUUUGUUGACAAUAGAACUUGACACGCCAAUAGACAAUGUUUUAAUUCAAUCUGAUACACCAGUUGAGUUGUUAAAUGAAAGUAAUAACGCAGUACUUAGUCUUUCUUCAUGCAAUCCUUACGAAGGAAAUUUCGUCCUUGCUACUUAUCGGUGUCAAGUAAAUACUAGUCAAUUGGAAACGAGAAUUAGAGCAAUUGAAGGUCAACCAGGAACACUUCAAAUUUAUGUUACGACUCAAAUUCAACCAAAGUGUUGUAGAAAAAUAAAAAUACCAAUUCACGCAUUAUCAUUGCAUGCGAGGUUGCAUGAAGGAGAAGGGGCUGAAUUAUCUGGCGAUCUUUAUAAUGAAUUAAGACUUGUAGGGAACUUCACCGUUGCCGAAAUCCAUGCAUGGCUUUCAUUUGCGCUUCCCGAUAUACCAGAGAGACCAACUUUGCAGGAUAAUGAAGUGAUAUUAAAUUAUGUCUCAUCAUUAACUGGAUCAAUUCUUAUAUGCAAAUAUAAAAAAGGGGUUGCGACUUUUUUAGCUGAAAAUAUAUCAACUAUUUUAAUUCUUCGUGAUUUAUUGACUAAAGAAGCAACAAAACGAAAAAUAAAACUCGAUGUUAUUUUUAAUAUCGAAGAUGGCACAAUAUCAAGAAUGUUGGAUUUAAUUCUACCAAAACUAAACUCAGCACAUGAUUAUAUAGAGAAACUAAAAAUAAUCGAUGCUUUACAAGAGUGGGAAUUAAAAAUUGAUCCUACAGAAAAUCUUAGCAAAUAUUACCAAGAAUUAUUGAAAGAAGAAGAUAACAUAAGAAGGGAGUUGUCUAAAAAUCCUACUAUUUUACAAAUAAUUCAAGGAGUAAUAACCGAUUUAUACGUUGAUUGGAAUCGCGCAAAAGGUUUCCAAAGAAUAACAAGUAAAGCUGCUAAUGAUAAACUUAAAGACGCUCUGAAGACACGCAGUCUGCCAGUUAUACUUCAAAUGUUUAUGGAAAAAGAUAAUAAUUAAGAUUUUUUAAACUUCCCGCUGAAAAUUUUUUCAGUUAGAAGUUAAAAAACUGUGCCGAGUAUCACACUGGACAUCAAAAUCGGUUAAUUAGUUCAAAAAAUAUCAAUGACAAAGAAGCUCGAAACAGCGGAAAAUUUUCGGACUGGCCCAAGGUCACCCGUUUUCCCGAUUUUUUAGAAAACUUUUUUUUAACAUGAAUUAAUUUUAUAAAAAAUCUCAAUUAAUAUCUAAAGGUUUUUUACAGGGAGCCUAUUAAAUUAUAAUAGAAUAAUAAAAAUAAUUAAAAU